UCUACGCUUGUGAUAUUUAUAAUCCCCCCCCCACCCCCCUGGAGAUUGCAUAUUUUUUCCCCCUGUUUUGAUCACGCAUGCGUGGGAUUAUAUAUUUCGCACCGCGUCGACCUGAAAUGACUGCCGCUGGUCGCCGCGUCUAGCCAAUGGUUACUGCGGGGGCUCCUCGCUUGUGGAUUACCCGUCGUCGCCGAGCCAGUCGCAUGGUCGAGCCCGGAGGAGGCCCCGCUCUGCUGGGUGGAUGUGUGUGAGGCACCGCCGGACCGCGAGUGCUGGUGAAGACGGUGAUAGUGGUGAUGAUGCUCGGGCUUCGUCGGCAGUGGGCGAACUGAUCUUGGAUGUUCGGGCCACAUCGCCCCCGACACACACACACUCACCAUUUCCUCACACGGAGAAACAUUGAAUUGCUUAAAAACUGGACGCCCCUGGAGCAGUUUAUGACGACCCUGGGAGGAGCGUGAUGAGCGCGCGCUUCCGCUUGCCUGCUGGCAGAUCCUACAAUGUCCGGGCGACGGAGCUGGAGCGAGACAGGCCGCACACACAGGUUGUGUGCAACAUACUGCUGCUGGACAACACUGUCCAGGCGUUCAAAGUCAGCAAGUCGGACCAUGGCCAGCUGCUGCUGGAUGCUGUCUUUAAGCACCUGGAGCUGACGGAGAGGGACUACUUCGGCCUGCACUUGACUGAUGACUCCUCAGAUACACCGCGCUGGCUCGAUCCCAACAAGCCCAUCAGGAAACAGUUAAAAAGAGGCUCUCCCCACAACUUGAGCUUCAGAGUCAAAUUCUUUGUGACAGACCCGGGCAAACUUCAGGAAGAAUACACACGAUAUCAAUAUUUUCUCCAGAUCAAGCAGGAUAUAUUAACUGGAAGAUUGCCCUGUCCACACAACACAGCCGCACUGCUGGCGUCCUAUGCUGUUCAAUCUGAGAUAGGAGACUACAGUGAAGCGGAGCACAGUUCUGGCUAUCUGUCCGAAUACUGCUUCAUCCCCAACCCCCCACAAGACUUCCACAAAGAGGUCGCCAAACAUCACCAGCAGCACAGCGGUCUAUCUCCUGCCCAGUCAGAGUUUAAUUAUCUGAACACAGCACGCACGCUAGAGCUCUACGGGGUAGAGCUGCACUAUGCAAGGGACCAGAGCAACACGGAGAUUCUCAUCGGGGUGAUGUCCGCUGGCAUCGUGAUUUUCAAGAACAGGGUACGGAUCAACUAUUUCCCAUGGUUGAAAAUAGUGAAAAUCUCCUUCAAGUGCAAACAGUUCUUCGUCCAGCUGAGAAGAGAGGCGACCGAGACCCGGGAGACGCUGCUGGGUUUCAACAUGGUCAACUACCGGGCCUGUAAGAACCUGUGGAAGGCCUGCGUGGAGCACCACACGUUCUUCAGGCUGGAGCGGCCCAUCCCGCCACAGAAGAACUUCUUCGCUCACUACUUCACGCUGGGCUCAAAGUUCAGAUACUGCGGGCGGACAGAGGUGCAGUCUGUGCAGUAUGGGAAGGACAAGGGCAUCAAGGACAGAGUGUUUGCCAGUAGGUCUCCCAGCAAGCCACUGUCCAGAAGGUUGGUGGGCGGAAUGGACUGGGAGUCGGUCAGCAGGAACAGCCUAUCAGAUGAGAGACUGGAAACCCAGAGCCUGCCCACUCGCUCGCCGCCCGGGACGCCCAAUCAAAACUCGCUGUUUGUCCAAGAUGGCACUCGGUUACGCCCCUCGUCUGUCGGACACCUGGUGGACCACGUGAUUCACGCCUCACCCAGCCUGCCGGUCUUCUCCUGUAAUCAUAAGUCGGCGUCGUCCACGCAGGCCAACAGCAUCAGCCUGGACUCCACACCGUCUCCGGAGGGGCUAGACGGUCUGCCUCCAGCUCUGCCUCCCAAGCAGCUGAGCAGGAAGACCUUGAGCCAGAUCAUCCAGGCCCACUCUCAACAGAGCCUCCUGGACAACCACCUCAACGAGAUGUACGAUGUCCCCGUCAACGCUGACAAGACAACGCUGAAUGGAGUCGUCCCUCAUGAUAAUUUGGUCCUAAUCAAAAUGAGACCCGAUGAGCACGGACGAUUCGGCUUCAAUGUGAAGGGUGGAGCUGACCAGAAGAUGCCUAUCAUCGUGUCGAGAGUAGCUCCGGGAACACCAGCGGACCUCUGCGUGCCCCGCCUCAACGAGGGCGACCAGGUGGUCCUGAUCAACGGGCGGGACAUCUCCGACCACACCCACGACCAGGUGGUCAUGUUCAUCAAGGCCAGCUGUGAGAGCCACUCUGGGGAGCUCAUCCUAUUGGUCAGACCAAACGCCAUCUAUGACGUGGUGGAGGAGAAGGCGGAUUCGGAGCCAGAUUUCCAGUACAUCCCUGAGAAGACCCCUCAGGACCCCACCCAGCUCGACCAGCAUGCUCUGAGGGACUCCAUGGUAGCACUGAAGGACGGCCUGAGUGGUGGAGCCAUACUGGCCCAGUUUGAUCAACUGUACAGGAAGAGGCCGGGGAUGACUAUGCUGUGUGCCAAAUUACCUCAGAACGUUUCCAAAAACCGCUACAGAGACAUCUCUCCUUACGAUGCCACCCGGGUCAUUCUGAAAAACGCAGAUGACUACAUCAAUGCAAAUUACAUCAAUAUGGAGAUUCCAGCCUCCAGUCUGAUAAACCGCUACAUAGCAUGCCAGGGCCCGCUGCCCAACACCUGCCCUGACUUCUGGCAAAUGACCUGGGAACAAGGCUCAUCCAUGGUUGUCAUGCUGACCACGCAGGUCGAGAGGGGACGGGUAAAGUGUCAUCAGUACUGGCCCAACCCCGACAGCACCACCACCUACGGAAACUUCACAGUCACGUGCCACAACGAAGAGGGCAACUCCGCCUUCCUGGUCCGAGAGAUGACUCUUACCAACACGGAGAGCGAGGAGGAGAGAGAGCUGACUCAGAUCCAGUACCUGGCGUGGCCGGACCACGGCGUUCCCGAUGAUUCCACUGAUUUCCUGGACUUCGUGUCGCUGGUGCGGACCAAACGAGCUGGACAGGACCAGCCCAUGGUCGUGCACUGCAGUGCUGGAAUCGGUCGGACGGGGGUUCUCAUCACAAUGGAGACGGCAUUGUGUCUAAUGGAGUGCGGUCAACCAGUGUACCCAGUAGACAUCGUCCGGACUAUGAGAGACCAGAGGGCCAUGAUGAUACAAACACCCAGUCAGUACCGCUUCGUGUGCGAGGCCAUCCUGAAGGUCUACGAGGAAGGUCUGGUCAAACCACUCAUGACCGCCGUCUACCUGCAGAGGGAGAGGGUGACUGACGAGAGGGGGGGGGAGCAGCAGAGAGCGGCCGAGGAGAUGGACGAGACGGCAGCGACGGAGGAGGACGAGGAGGCCGGGGUGGAGCUGCUGGAGGGAGAGCUGGACGAAGAGGACGACGAUGACGAGGAGGUGGAGGUGCUGGACGUGGGUGAAGUGACAGAAGAUGGGGAGGAGGAGGAGGAGGAGGAGGAAGAAGAGGAGGAGGAGGAAUUGGAGGAGCCGAGCGUUGCGAGCGCCACCAGCGUGACCAGCGUGACCAGCGAGACCAGCGCGAACCCUGACGCCGAUCCUGCUAACCUGUGACGUUUUGACCUCCAGGGGGCGCCAGGGGGUCACCAGGCCUGCAGGUGGUCGGAGUGGAGAACAAAAAGCACUGUUGCACUUUAUGCUGAUUUAAAAUGAACAACAACAAAAAAAAAGGACAAACAAACAAAACGUGAAAAUCAUGGACAUGUUAGAGUUUUUAAAAAAAGAAAUCCAGCUGUGUUGACUAGGUACCAUUAGGGAGUAUUGUCUGUUCAGGGUAUGGAGAAAAAAAGUAUACAAAGAACGAGAAGGUACAAGUACGAGAGAGUAAAAUGUGGACGGGGAGUUGCUGUAGUGCCAUAAGUAUGAAGGGGAAGGGCCGCCCCCCCCCCCCCAUGGAUGGAAGCCCCCCCCCCUGCCCGUUUCUCCUCUUUUCAUUGGUUCCUAAAGGGUCGCCCUGUCCCCUUCUCAGCGAGUCUGCCAGACGGACCUGCCUUUUUUUUUAGUGUCCUUUUAGCUGAUGAAGAGAUAAACCUUAUCUUUUGUUCUUCAGAAAGAGUAUUUAUUGUGUUUUAGUUUGUGUCAAACCCUGUCCACUGAACAAAAAAAGUUGUAUGUUUUGUUUGUACGAGUCUACGGCUUCACGCUUUUUCCUGAUUAAAUCUUAGGUAGUAAAGUGAUUCCUCUUCUUCUAACUACUUCUUUAUUUCAUUUUUUUUUUUUAAACUUUUUUUGUGGAGAAAAAAACAACAGUGAUUUAAUUUAUUGUGCUAUUGUUUUUAUGUUUUUUUUUUUAAUCUUUCUCGGCUUUCUCUCACCUGAGUUUGGGACGGACGGACUCACCUCUCGUUCCGCGGAGAGUCGGUUCCCUGGUUCUCUUUGUGUUGUGUUUUGAGCUGACAGCCUCGCGUGUGCUCUGAAGUGGCCGGUGUUUGGUGCAGUGAGGAGUAGAGCUGGUUUACAAUCCUCAGGGCCCGAGUCUCCUGGGCGCCUCCCUGUCACUCUCGUACCAGUCACAGCUCAGACUGUACGCUGAGCUGGAAAAUUUAAAAUGUUGAGCAUCGAUCGAUUACUUCAUGAUAUCUAUUGAACCCCCUUGGUGUUAACACAAGAUGGUGUCUCCCAGAGAGAGAGGCCCCAGCAGACACACGGUCACAAUCGAAGCUAUUUUCCUGAUUAAGCUAAGAAACGAUUCUGAGGUCAGUUCUUUCUUCAAAAUCCUUCCCCAGUUUUCUUCUUCUCAGAAAGCGUUUUCUUGGUGAGCUGACAGGGAACUGAUCUCAACCUUUUGUGUGGCAGAACCUGAAACCUCAGCGGCACCCUCCAUUGGCCUCCCCCCUUUUUUUUUUUCCACAUCCAGAGACCAAGACUUUGAAACCUGUAGAGCAGAGCAAACCCACAGACCUGCUCUCGCUGAUGACUCACUGCUCUCUACGAGCGAUUGUCAUUAAACCCAGUAAGACUAACUAUUUGUUUAAUGUCCUAAUGGAGAACCUUGUUUUUUUGCUAAGCUCCACUGGGGGGGGGGGGGGGGGGGGAGGUCAACAUGGCUGAGCUCACAACCGAAUCUGAUCUCAACGUGUGUGUCUCUGUGACUGUGUGUGUCUGCGACGGUUCAAUGAAGCAACACAAACGGAUCAGUUACCCAGUACUUUACCUUUUAUUUUAAAUACUGACCUUUCACAGUGGUACUUCAUCAGUUUCAAGGCACCUGUUGUUUUUAGGCGAAUGACGUGUGAUGAUUGAUAAGUGACGACUUGUAUUUCUAAUUCACAGAACCCAGCAUCAAGUUGCUCGUUGAGUCUUUUUUUAAUUGUCCUAGGACGGGUUGAGCUGUCAAUGUGUUUUAUCGGGAUGGAUCGGAGUUUGAGCCUCUUUAUAAUUGGAGAUAUUUUUUCUUAUCCACUGCUUCAGUUCCUGCUGUCAUUGGCUCCUACAAUGGACUCUGCUGGAAAAACCUACUGCUGUGUGCGUGUGUGUGUGUGCGUGUGUGUGUGUGCGUGUGUGUGUGUGUGUGUGAGUGCGUAUUCAACCUCUAUCUCUCUUUCUCUCCCAUUCAUGAAAUAUAGUUUAUCCGCUGUCUGGUCUACGCCUGCUUGUUCGUUAACUGGAAUGAAAGGUUGUGCCAUAAAGCCAUAAACCUAAACUAAACCUGAUCUCAAGUUUUUUUAGACAAAUGCAAAGAGCCUUGGCGAAGAGUCAUAUCUUGUUUGAGCCUAAAUUUCAAAACUGUGCUCGUACCUCCCCUUUUUUAAACCAGCUGAGUCCUGCUCCUGCCACAUCUCGAGGUGGGAAUAAGAGCAUUUAAAAGCUGCUUUCCUCUAUUUUCAAAAAGAAACCUCUCCUGUAUUGCGACACUCUCCAAAAAAGAAAACUCCCCGUCGGUCAACAUCAGUCAUUUUUGCACAGCCCACUCAACAUCCGCGGUCCAUUCUUCUCAUUGUGUCCCCCCCCCCGCCUAGAUGCAGCCCUCUCUGUUUUUGGAUCAUUACACACGGAUCCCUCUCUCUGCACGGCCUCCAGGCGAGUGACACAUCUGAGCAGAUGAGCACGGGGUUCAGUAGAAGCAGUUUCAAGCAGCUCGUCUUCCACAGGAGGACAAGCUGAGGCUAAUGGCUGAAUAACUGGUUCUACAUCGUGGAUCGCUACGUGCCGGAGCUUUUAAUCGAAAGAAGAAAAAAAAAACGAUUUAGCCUCUAGUGGCUCAAUUCCAUCAUUUUUUUUUUUUUUUGUGUGGUACCCGGAGACUGGGCUGAUCGAAUCAGAAUCAAUCCACUCUUCGGUUACAGCUCAGAAGAAUUGGCACCGCAGUGAAAAAGUUCUUAAUGGAUGAGUCGGGGGCGGCUAGAUUUUCCAUCUGCACAAAAUGUCCAACAAUGAGGCGUCUGUGUUCAAGGUGUUUGGAUGUUGACUCAUCCUCGGUACUGUCUGUGCGUUUAGGGUACUGAUCAAAUGUAGUUUUGGAGGGUACCGGACACGGGAAGGGCUCGGUUGGGUUAGUUGUAUUUUUGUAAAGAUGAAAAAAAAAAAACAGUUCUAGUCGGGUAGGGAAAGGACAGCACUUUGUAGGAGGCUUAGUGGCAGGUAGUGCUACUGAAAUAAACCAGAAAAAAAACUAAAAAGUUGGAGACAUAAAGCAUUGUUAAAAUGAGUUGUUGAUGAGUUGUUGUUUUUUUCUUUUAAUUUAUCAUUUUUCUUUUUGUUUUGAAAAUAAAGACACCUGUAGGGAAGCAGAAAAAGAACUCCUAACUACACAGUGCCACUUGUUAAUUUUGUGUAAAUAAUACUAGAUGUAAAUACAAUGUUGUAUAUGAAAAAAAAAUCUUUAAAAUAAAAGGGAAAAUCAUUUGUGAGCAGAAAGAUUUUGUUUUUAUUUGAUUUUUGGAUUUUGUUUUUCUCCCCAUCUCCCUUUUUUGAAUGAUUCAAAUGUGACACAAGAUGGUGUGUGUUUGAAGACUGCUAUUUCAAAAAAUCUUCUGUUUUAUUUGAAACAUAAUCUAUAACAGCGAGUGUAUAUAUAAUGGAACACAGAAUAAUGAGAAAUGUUUUACCGUAUUAUACCUUUGGUUUAACUCCUUACCUGUGUCAUAAAAUCCUUUGUCCUCA